UGAGGCUGGGGCUGGGCCCAGGAUCAAGCGGCAGCUGAAAGUCCUGACUCAGGGCCGAGGGUGAGGUGGGGGCCAGUCAUGCAGACCUCCAGGACUGAGAUUUUUGGGCAAGUCAUUUCUGCCCCCCUGAGCCUAGAUUUCUUCAUAUUACAACAUGUGGGUGGACUCCAUGGUCCUUAAGGGCUGUCAGGUUCUGAAAAGUUACAUCUGUUUCUAUCCCAGUUUCUAAUGGUUCUUCUCAUCCCCUAUUCUCCCCCAGCUCUGUCAGCCCUUCGUGUAUCUAUUUCUGUUUUUGUAACCUGUACCCAAUUCUGAUAGCAGAGCUGUGUUCUCCUUGGUCCUUAUUUUAAGAGUCGUGGUUGGUCUUUCCUGCCCCUCAACUCAGCCAAAGAGACACCAGGAGGUUUCCAGCCCCAGGGGGGAGCUCACGGGCCCUGGGGGUGAUCUCCAGGGAAGUCAGCCUCUCUAUGGGCGGGGCGGCUUCUCCAGUUAAGCCUUCUCCUCCCAGCCCCUUUUCUCCUGCUUUCCUCAGCUUUGGUUGCAGCAACCCCAUCUAUGGACAGACUCUGAACCCCUUGAACUUAAAGAAGACACGGGGCUCCUCAGGGGGCGAGGGAGCUCUGCUGGCAGAAGGGGGUUCCAUUCUGAGCAUGGGUACCGACACUGGUGGCAGUAUCCACGUUCCAGCCAGCUUUUGUGGUGUCUGUGGCCUCCGGACCACAGGAUCCCGCCUCAGCUCCUCUGGAGUCACCUCUGCGGUCAAGGGCAAGAAAUCAGUGACCACAGCGGCUGGCCCCAUGGCCCGGGAUGUGGAGAGUCUGGCGCUGUGCCUACGAGCGCUGCUGAGUGAGGACAUGCACCAACUGGACCCCACUGUGCCCCCCCCGCCCUUCAGGGAGGAGGUGUACUCCAGUAAAUGGCCCCUUCGCAUUGGCUACUAUGAAUCAGACGGCUUCACCCAGCCAUCUCCUAGCAUGGCCAGGGCUGUGAGGCUCACCUCCAGGCUGUUGCAGGAUGCAGGACACCAGGUCAUCCCCUUCUCUGUCCCCCGCGUGGAGUAUGCCUUCAUACACCUGUUCACAGGGGGUCUGUAUGCUGAUGGAGGGGCUACCCUUCUGGAGAAGCUUAAGGGGGACAUUGUGGACCCCAGCAUGAAGGGCUUGGUCAGCCUGCUCCGUCUGCCAGACCCACUCAAGUGUUUCUGGGCCUGGAUCCUGAAGUACAUAGACCCCCGAACUAGCCAAAAUUUGGAAGAGAUUCGUGGAGUGGGGACACCCAAGAAACUGUGGGAGCAGCACACAGCAGUGGAGGAAUAUCAGCAAGAGUUCAUAGCCAAGUGGAGUUCCCUGGACCUGGAUGUGCUGCUGGUGCCAGCUCUGGACCCUGCCUUCUACAUUGGCUAUCCUGCCUUAGCAGCAAGUAGCUUUUCCUACGUCUCCCUGUUCAACGUCCUGAACUUCUCUGCCGGCGUGGUGCCCGUCACCACCGUGACGCUAGAGGACGAGGAGGAACUGGCCUUCUACAGGGGCUACUCCGGAGAUAGUUUUGACAAAAAUUUCCGGGAGGUGGUGAGAGGCUCUGUGGGGCUUCCAGUGGGUGUGCAGUGCGUCGCUUUGGCAUGGGAAGAGGAGCUGUGUCUCCGGCUCAUGAAGGAGGUGGAGACCUUGGUCAAGAACCAGAGGGAACCUAAGUGACAAGCCACUCCUUCUCCUGGAGGCCUGCCUACACCCUCAUCCAAGUCUGCUCUCGAUGCCCCUUCCUUCUCAUGAAUACCACAUCCGCCUCGUUUCUCCUCCUCCUGGAAGGCCACCGGAUUCUUUUUCUUUGUAGUCCCUCUGUGUAAGUGCUCAAUACACAGACCUCCCAGUUUAGCCCAAGAUGGGGAGCAAGGUGAAGGGCUCAAUAAACAUUUUUGACUGGC